CUGUAAAUCACGUGGGUCACGUGAUCCCUCCUCCUGCAGUGAAAGCUCAUACAGAGUGAAUGAGUCCAGCUGCUCGGUCACAUCACUGAGAACAAUGGGAGUUAACGUUGAGACACUAAGACAGGGAGACGGAAGGACUUUCCCGCAGAGAGGACAGCGAGUCGAAGUGCACUACGUCGGCACGCUCACAAAUGGAAAGAAGUUUGACUCCUCCAGGGAUCGGGAGAGGCCCUUUGUCUUCAAACUUGGAUUGGGAGAAGUCAUCCGUGCUUGGGAUGAAGGUGUAGCUAGGAUGAGCAUUGGCGAGGUGGCACGGUUGACCUGCUCGCCAGACUACGCGUAUGGUGCAAGUGGAUACCCACCUGUUAUCCCACCAAAUUCUUCUCUCAUCUUUGAAGUGGAGCUUCUGAAAUGUGGAUUUUAAAUGUUUAAGAUGGUGGUUUGUUGCUCAGUUUGUUCUUUUGUUUAAUUUUUUGCAUUCCACCCACAUCUCUGACACAAAUAACUGCUUAAUUAAAGGUGCUGGGAGUAGCAUUUACAUUAAUGGAUAAAUCAUGUCAAAAUCAUUUUGAUAUCCUCCAUAAUUGAGACAAUUGAAGGACAAAAAGACCAAGUUCAUUCAAAUGGGUAUUUUAAGAUUAAAGGAAUAAUCCAUUAUGGGAAACAUUGUUCUUUGCAUUCCUGCAGUGAGUUAUGUGAGAUGGCGAUGGUGCACCUUGGUUCGCUCGUGCCAAGUGUUAUCUGAACAGAUAAUGUUCCUCUCAUAUAAUUUCUAAAGCUCAAUCAUGAACACAUCUGCUUAACCCACAUGAAAACCAAAAUGGUGUUAAUGGUUGCAGCUCAGCGAACCUGCUGCUGUCUGUAGCUUCACAUUUACCAAACAGAUGUCAUUAGUAUCAAGUCAUCUGUAACCACUGACAGGAAGUUGUCUCCCAAAAUGUCAUUAUCCUUGUAAAAUGUCCAGUGUGUUUAAACUUACAGGAUUCAUUUGGCCUUCAUUCUUGUAUUUCCUGUAAAAUCUUUAACUUAAUCAUUUAGCUGUCAAAUAGCACAAAUGUACUUAAGAGAAAUUAAAGGAACUUCAGAAUGAGUGAUCCAGUGGCAGUCUUCUCAGCGAACUUAUUUGUUCCCAAGUAUUUAUUCCAAUGUCUUAAAAAUUGUGGUAAUGAUUUGUAAUGCUAAUGUCACACCUUUUAAUAAAAAGCUUAUUUGUUUUUACCA